AUGACAGUUGUCAAAGCAAAGCAACUUAUAAAAAUGUUAGUCAUUAUACUUUUGUGUUAUUUAUUGUCAAAUAUUAAGAAAUCAUUCCAUAGAACUUUAAAAACUACACCACAGUAUCCAGAAACAAGGCCAAAUAUUAUUUUUAUAAUUGCCGAUGAUCUUGGAUAUAACGAUGUUGGAUAUCAUGGUUCUGAAAUUAAGACCCCAAACCUUGACCAACUUGCUAUGUCAGGUGUACGACUGGAAAAUUAUUAUGUCCAACCUGUGUGUACACCGACACGUGGACAACUCCUAACAGGGCGAUAUCAGAUCUAUACAGGUCUUAAUUGGGUUUUAUGGCCUGCGACUCCAGCAGGACUUACGCUUGACUACCCUACAAUUGCAGACAAGUUGCGAGAGGCUGGUUAUGCCACCCAUAUGGUAGGAAAAUGGCAUUUAGGAUUUUAUAAAUCGGAGUACUUACCGACCAGUCGUGGAUUCGAUACUUUUUUUGGUUUCUUAAGCGGGCAUUCAGACUAUUACACCCAUAUUACGGGAAACUACCAAAAGAAAACAAUGAUUGGUUAUGACUUAAUGGAAAAUGAUAAACUGGCAAAUAUAACACAGUACAAUGGCUCUUACUCCACACAUCUCUUUGCAAUGAAAGUGAAAAACCUUAUUCGAAAACAAGAUAUUGAUAAGCCGAUGUUCAUAUAUCUAUCGUUUCAAGCUGUGCAUGCUCCUCUCCAGGUACCAGACAAAUAUUUUAACGCAUAUCCUCAUAUCAAUGAUUUAAACCGACGAAAGUACGCAGGAAUGGUGUCUUGUAUGGACGAGGAAGUUGGGAACAUUGUUGAAGCAAUUAAAGAGCGUGGUAUUUGGAAUAAUACAGUGAUUAUUUUUACUACAGAUAAUGGUGCUAAUCCAAAAGUUGGAGGAAGCAAUUGGCCACUAAAAGGGACAAAAAGUACCUUGUGGGAGGGUGGAAUUCGAGCGGUUGGAUUUGUUAACAGUCCUCUCCUUGGUUUUGGAGAAGAGGGAUAUAUAUCAAAAGAACUUAUGCACGUUACAGACUGGCUUCCUACUAUAACAAACCUUGCUGGUGCUUAUUCAAUUGCAUCUGACAUGUCAGACGGGAUCGACCAAUGGACAUCUCUCAAAUACGGUAUUUCUACUAAAAGAUAUGAAAUCCUGCACAACAUUGACCCAGUUAUCAAUAAUACUUACCAUACCAGACGUUUUUCGAUGAGAAUGGGGGCGUGGAAAAUCAUACUCGGACAAUCAGGUUCUGAAAGUGAUAACAAACGAACAAAUCCCAAAAUGCAUUUGUACAAUAUUGAAAACGAUCCGCGAGAGGAAAAAGAUUUAUUUGAAAAGUUUCCAAAUAUAGUCGAAAAUAUGCUAAAAAGGCUUGAAUAUUACGAACAAGGAAUGAUUACAUCCGGCCUUCCUGAUAUUGAUACAAGUGCAGAUCCAGUACUACACGGUGGCUUUUGGCAACCCUGGAAGUAAAUUUGAGGCGGAAAAGGAGUAUUUACGUACUUAUAACGCCCGCUCAUAUUGAUACUUGUUUCAUCUAUAAUAAAGAUGACAACACCUAUAAAUAUUCUUAUGGAAAAAAAUAUAACAAGAUGGCUUGCUCUCAUAACGCCCAUUGUUUUCUCGUUUAGGACACACGCAUUCUUUUACUUGGUGACCAUACGCCGCUUUUCAUGGAAUGGCACUACUGUGUCACAUUGAACGUUCCAUGAUAAUCGCCGUAUGACCACAUCUACGGAUGUCUCUAAAUUCAAAAUUUCACCAUUUUUCGUGUUUAAAUGUUAAAUUCUGCUUCCGGUGCUAGGGGGCGUGGACGGUAACUUGCACUUUCCAGUACCGUCCAUGAACAGGCUCAAUCAAACCGAGUCUGCAACAUUUUCAAUUUUGUCGUGUUGGAUUCUGUAUUUUUCUAUUCUGCUCUCUGGGCAGUUGAAUUAAAACUAAAUCAUAUUUAUGAACAAUAAUUUCAGUGUUGAAAUUUGGAUAUUAAUUAAAAGCUAUUCCUGCAAGUAUUGCGAUAGGUAUUUAUUUAUAUGGACAUACUUGAUAUACUAGUAUACAAUAUUCUGAACCCUCAUUAAAAUAUAUGCAUUAAUAUGCACAACAAUAGGGAAAUGGGAGACACAUUUUAUAUAUUUUAUUAGCAUAACUUAGCAUGUCUAUAUAAUUGUUGGAGGUUAGCUUUUUCGCUGUCAUUUUACUUCGCCAUAAGUAACGUAAAUGUAAUCAUAAAUAACUUAGGAAACCAUAUAACAAAUUAUAUAGUCUAUGCUUGUAACUAUAUGACAUUGCCAAUUUUUUCUGCAAUUA